CCUCUGUCUUCCAAGCCUUGAACCUGCUGGCCUUUUGACUUCCAGUCGCAUCAGGUCAUUGCGUUCACCUUCUUCCAGUCAACCCCAACGAUAGACCGGAUACUUCACGUUUUCCACUGCAGACAUCCUCCUACUACAUAGUAACACAGCUCCUUGUGCUGUGCGAACUCGACCAACCUUGCCUCUUCCGAUCGUAACUCCUCCAACUCACCUCACCCACCCACCUCACCUACCACCACCAUACCACGACAAAGCUGUCUGACCGCAUAGGAACGUACCCUGCCAGACCUUGCCUUGCUCCCUUUCCCCCUUCCCCAAGCUCCGGUUUGGGUCUUCGGAGCAUUGAAGGUCCCACAACUGCGACCGGUUCUUCGUCUAUCUUGAAACCCCGCCAGACCCAAACAACGACGACAACGAAGCCCAAGACAACCACCAAUCUCCCAGCUAAACAUACAUACCAGGUGGCUCUCGAAUUCCACCCGACGUCUCGUUCUCCAGGACCCGGGCCCCACGAUUCGCAGAGCUCGACAACGCGCAUUCCUCCAGCCUUGUCCGCCUUUCUUUACUUCGCUGCCACGCUAUCUGUGUAGCACCUCAAUUUACACAGGCGCACCCGCCCAUCGUCGUCGCUCGAUCACAGUCGCCGUCCGACAACCUUCUGCCCCAGAGCGACAACCCCCGCUUCCCUCACACGACGCAUUGCCAGUUGUCCGCUGCCCACGCGGCAACUUGCCAGGAUGGGUGUCUCCACGCUCCAGGAGCAGCAUGACGGUGAGCUGGCUCAAAGCCCGAGAGCCCACGAUGCUCUCCCAAUAUCUUCCGCUCUCGAUACUGACAAUUUGGACAGUUAUCAUCGACACAAUCAAGAACAUUACACGAGGCGACUGGAAAGUCUUAGUUGUUGACGACGACUCCCAUAAGAUUAUAGACAACGUUGUCAAGGAAGAUGACAUUCUCAACAACAAUAUCGCCAACAUUGAGCGAAUCGAGCAGAAGCGAGAUAUGAAUCCUGAAAUGGACGCCAUCUACAUUCUGUCCCCGAAAGAGAAUAUUGUCGAAAUCCUCAUCAACGACUUUGAGCGCCGCAGAUACAAGGAAGCGUACCUGGUAUGGACCGGUGUCUUGGAUCCGAGGAUCCGUCGCAUGAUUGAUGGCUGCCCGCCGGCCAAGCAACGCAUCGCGGGGUUCGAAACCUUGUCGAUUGAUUUCUUCCCUCGCGAGUCGCAUUUGAUCACGUUCAAAGACCCUUGGAGCUUUCCAAUUCUAUACCACCCCGCGUGCAAUAAUCUGGUGGCGCGACACAUGAAGAUUCUAGCACAGAAGAUCACCGGCGUAUGCGUUACACUGGGCGAGUACCCAAAAGUCCGAUACUACAGACCGAAGAACCCUCUCCAUGAAGCCGCCGUGCUUGCCUCUCAUCUAGCUCGUUUCGUGCAGGAGGAGUUGGACGAAUAUGCGCAGUGGAACCCAAACUUCCCACCACAGUCGUCGCGGCCCGUGGGAACCCUUGUCAUCACGGACAGAUCAAUGGAUAUCUUGGCACCUCUGGUUCACGAGUUCACAUAUCAGGCAAUGGCUCACGACCUUCUCCCGAUACAAGAUGGUGACAAGGUGACGUAUCGCAUGGUCACAAACGAGGGCACCGCACAAGAGGAAGAGAAAGACGUGGAGCUAUCUGACAAGGAUCCGGUCUGGGUUGACAACAGACACCGACACAUGAAAGAUACAAUUGAUAAACUAAUGGGAGACUUCCGGAAGUUCUUGGAGUCUAACCCCAAUUUUACCAAUGAGGAGCAGCAGACGACAAGCUUGAACGCCAUCAGAGACAUGCUGGCUGGUUUACCGCAGUUCCAAGAGAUGAAAGAGGCGUAUUCGCUUCAUCUGAGUCUGGCGCAAGAAGCCAUGAACAAAUUCCAAGAUCACAAGCUGCCAGACAUUGCUUCGGUAGAGCAGACUCUUGCCACAGGAUUGGACGAGGACUUCAGGAAACCUAAAAACAUAUUGGACCAAGUUGUGCGGCUUUUGGACGACGACGCUAUCACCCCAUCAGACAGAUUGCGCCUGAUCAUUCUCUACGUGCUGUAUAGAGACGGCGUUGUGAUGGAGGACAUCAACCGGUUGCUCGCGCAUUCGGGCCUACCGCAAGGGGACGGGGAAAUAGUAGUCAACCUCGAGAUGCUGGGCGGACACCCGGUGCGUGGUGGUCUGAAAGACGUCCGACCUCCUCAACCGCCCCUCUUCCAAAAGAACACCAAAGCAGCAGAGAUCAGCGAGGAAUACUCGCUAUCACGUUUCGAGACGGCUAUGCAGACGAUGCUGGACGAACUCUGCCGAGGCACUCUCGAUCAAACCACAUUCCCUUACGUGAAGCCACCAGCUGAUCCCAACGAGGACCUCUUGGCCUCACAACAAGGCUCAUUGCGUGCCGGUAGGCCGAAUUGGGCAUCAUCUGGCCGACGACCACCUGAAAACCGACAGCGCUUUAUUGUCUUCAUGGCUGGUGGCGCAACGUACAGCGAGAGCCGUGCUUGCUACGACGUUUCCGCCCGCCAAGGCAAGGACAUCUUCCUGGUGACGAGCCACAUGCUCACGCCUCAACUUUACGUCCGCCAAGUAGGCGAUUUGGGCAAGGACAAGCGCACGCUCGACAUACCAAUGGAACGACCGACACCGCGUGCUCCGGCGUGGGUGUAUGAGAAGCCUGCCCCUCCGCCCAACCCUAUGGCGCAACGUCCUGCCCCCGGUAUGGCACCGCCGGGCGCACCGUCACCGGCGGGUGGACCACGCAGAGCACCAGCGCCAGGCGGUCUACCGGGGCGUCCUGCCGCGCCGCCAACGGCUCAGAUGAGCAAUAUGAACCUCAAUGCGCCUCUCCCGCCUGUGGCGAAUGGUGGCGGAGCGUCGCCUGCCCCAUCCGACGGCGGCAAACCGCAAAAGCUGGAGAAGGAUAAGAAGAAGCGCAACUUUUUGGGUAUGAAGAAGAGCCACAAGGACAAAGAUAAGCAUUGAGUUGAAGGGCGUAAAUGGAAGGGCGAGGCGGGAAAACAUGGUUCUCGACCGGACUUUUAUCCAUCUCACCCUCAGCUUUCCUCAACACCCUCUUUCUUGCACAUUCUGUUGCCAGCGUGGCGUUCUUUGGUGUUGUAUCAGGGGCGGUAGGGUUGCCCAACUAGUUGCAACAAUUCCUAUAGAUGUGUGUGGGAACUAUGCCUCUGCUUGGCUUUCUCCCUUCUUGUCUCUGAGUGAUUUUGCAUAUGAUGUGGAGGAGGGCAAGAAGGAAGAUGCAGGCAGGAAAGGAGUGAUGGCAGUUGGCUGACUGAGCUGAGGGGGGCAUGUAGGUAUAUAUGUACUCUGGAUCUAUCGUGGAACCAAAUCACACAAAACUCAAAUAAGCAUCAUUGACAGACC